UUCCCGGCCGGUGUUUCGGGCCCUUUAAGAGGCGCCGCCGGAGCCGGAGCCAUUUUCCCCCCUUCGGCCGCGGCGAGGAGGAGCCGGAGCGGGAGUGACACCGGCGAGACCCAGCGCGACCUGAGGCGGCUCUAGGUGACUCGGGCCAGUGUCGAGGGCCCCAGGCCGCAGGCAGGAGCAGCUGGGCCAAUUCCCUGGCCGGGGAGCGGAAGGGGAUGGCGUCGGGCCUGGGCUCCCCGUCCCCCUGCUCAGCGGGCAGUGAGGAGGAGGAUAUGGAUGCACUUCUGAACAACAGCCUGCCCCCACCCCAUCCAGACAAUGAAGACGACCCAGAGGAGGAUUUAUCAGAAGCGGAGACUCCAAAGCUCAAGAAGAAAAAAAAGCCUAAGAAACCUCGAGACCCUAAAAUCCCUAAGAGCAAGCGCCAAAAAAAGGAGCUGGGGGACAGCUCUGGGGAGGGGCCCGAGUUUGUGGAGGAGGAGGAAGAGGUCGCUCUGCGGUCGGACAGCGAAGGCAGCGACUAUACCCCUGGCAAGAAGAAGAAGAAGAAGCUCGGACCUAAGAAAGAGAAGAAGAGCAAGUCCAAGCGGAAGGAGGAGGAAGAGGAGGAGGAGGAUGAUGAUGACUCCAAGGAACCGAAAUCAUCUGCCCAGCUUUUGGAAGACUGGGGCAUGGAAGACAUUGACCAUGUGUUCUCAGAGGAAGAUUACCGUACCCUCACCAACUACAAGGCUUUCAGCCAGUUUGUCCGACCCCUAAUUGCUGCUAAAAACCCCAAGAUUGCUGUCUCCAAGAUGAUGAUGGUCUUGGGUGCAAAGUGGAGGGAAUUCAGUACCAACAACCCCUUCAAGGGCAGCUCUGGAGCUUCGGUGGCGGCUGCAGCUGCAGCAGCUGUGGCUGUGGUGGAGAGCAUGGUGACGGCUACUGAAGUCGCACCCCCCCCUCCCCCUGUGGAGGUGCCUAUCCGCAAGGCCAAGACCAAGGAGGGCAAAGGUCCCAAUGCUCGGAGGAAGCCCAAAGGCAGCCCUCGAGUGCCUGAUGCCAAGAAACCUAAACCCAAGAAAGUAGCUCCUCUGAAAAUCAAGCUGGGAGGUUUCGGCUCCAAGCGUAAGAGAUCCUCGAGUGAGGAUGAUGACUUAGAUGUAGAAUCUGACUUCGACGAUGCCAGCAUCAAUAGCUACUCUGUUUCUGAUGGUUCUACCAGCCGCAGUAGUCGGAGCCGCAAGAAACUCCGGACCACUAAAAAGAAAAAGAAAGGCGAGGAGGAGGUGACUGCUGUGGAUGGUUAUGAGACAGACCACCAGGACUAUUGUGAGGUGUGCCAGCAAGGCGGUGAGAUCAUCCUGUGUGACACCUGCCCCCGAGCCUACCAUAUGGUGUGCCUGGACCCAGACAUGGAGAAGGCCCCCGAGGGCAAGUGGAGCUGCCCACACUGUGAGAAGGAGGGCAUCCAGUGGGAGGCUAAAGAAGACAAUUCUGAGGGUGAGGAGAUUCUUGAAGAGGUUGGGGGAGACCCAGAAGAGGAAGAUGACCACCAUAUGGAGUUCUGUCGAGUCUGCAAAGAUGGCGGGGAGCUGCUAUGCUGUGACACCUGCCCUUCUUCCUACCAUAUCCACUGCCUGAACCCCCCGCUGCCAGAGAUCCCAAAUGGCGAAUGGCUCUGUCCCCGUUGUACUUGUCCAGCUCUUAAGGGCAAAGUGCAGAAGAUCCUAAUUUGGAAGUGGGGCCAGCCACCAUCUCCCACACCAGUGCCUCGGCCUCCAGAUGCUGAUCCUAAUACCCCCUCUCCGAAACCCUUGGAGGGGCGGGCGGAGAGACAGUUCUUUGUAAAAUGGCAAGGCAUGUCUUACUGGCACUGCUCCUGGGUAUCAGAACUGCAGCUGGAGCUGCACUGUCAGGUGAUGUUCCGAAACUACCAGCGGAAGAAUGAUAUGGAUGAGCCGCCUUCUGGGGACUUCGGUGGAGAUGAAGAGAAGAGCCGAAAGCGAAAGAACAAGGACCCUAAGUUUGCAGAGAUGGAAGAGCGCUUCUAUCGCUAUGGAAUAAAACCAGAGUGGAUGAUGAUCCACCGAAUCCUCAACCACAGUGUGGACAAGAAGGGCCAUGUUCACUACUUAAUCAAGUGGCGAGACUUACCCUAUGAUCAGGCAUCUUGGGAAAGUGAGGAUGUGGAGAUCCAGGACUAUGAUCUGUUCAAGCAGAGCUACUGGAAUCACAGGGAGUUAAUGAGGGGUGAGGAAGGACGGCCGGGCAAGAAGCUCAAGAAGGUGAAGCUUCGGAAACUGGAGAGGCCUCCGGAGACCCCAACUGUUGAUCCAACAGUGAAGUAUGAGCGACAGCCAGAGUACCUGGAUGCCACAGGUGGCACUUUGCACCCCUACCAAAUGGAAGGCUUAAACUGGCUGCGCUUCUCUUGGGCUCAGGGUACUGAUACCAUCUUGGCUGAUGAGAUGGGCCUUGGGAAAACUGUGCAGACCGCAGUCUUUCUCUAUUCCCUCUACAAGGAGGGUCAUUCCAAAGGCCCCUUCUUAGUGAGUGCUCCUCUUUCUACCAUCAUCAACUGGGAGCGAGAGUUUGAGAUGUGGGCUCCCGAUAUGUACGUGGUAACCUAUGUGGGUGACAAGGACAGCCGUGCUAUCAUCAGGGAGAAUGAGUUCUCCUUUGAAGACAAUGCCAUUCGUGGUGGCAAGAAGGCCUCUCGAAUGAAGAAAGAAGCAUCUGUGAAAUUUCAUGUUCUGCUGACAUCCUAUGAAUUGAUCACCAUUGAUAUGGCCAUCUUAGGUUCUAUUGAUUGGGCCUGCCUUAUUGUGGAUGAAGCCCAUCGUCUGAAGAACAAUCAGUCUAAGUUCUUCCGAGUUUUGAAUGGUUACUCACUACAGCACAAGCUGUUGCUCACUGGGACUCCAUUACAAAACAACCUGGAGGAACUGUUUCAUCUGCUUAACUUUCUCACCCCUGAGAGAUUCCACAAUUUGGAAGGCUUCUUGGAGGAGUUUGCUGACAUUGCUAAAGAGGACCAGAUUAAAAAACUACAUGACAUGCUCGGGCCUCAUAUGUUGCGGCGGCUCAAAGCUGAUGUAUUCAAGAAUAUGCCAUCCAAGACAGAACUGAUAGUGCGUGUGGAGCUGAGCCCUAUGCAGAAGAAGUACUACAAGUAUAUUCUCACACGGAAUUUUGAAGCCCUUAAUGCUCGAGGUGGUGGCAACCAGGUUUCCCUGCUAAAUGUGGUGAUGGAUCUUAAGAAGUGCUGCAACCACCCUUACCUCUUCCCUGUGGCGGCAAUGGAAGCCCCUAAGAUGCCUAAUGGCAUGUAUGAUGGCAGUGCCCUAAUCAGAGCAUCUGGGAAAUUGUUGCUGCUACAGAAGAUGCUUAAGAACCUUAAGGAGGGAGGGCAUCGGGUCCUCAUCUUUUCCCAGAUGACCAAGAUGUUGGACUUGCUAGAGGAUUUUUUAGAACAUGAAGGUUAUAAAUAUGAACGUAUUGAUGGUGGGAUCACUGGGAACAUGCGUCAGGAGGCUAUUGACCGCUUCAAUGCACCGGGUGCUCAACAGUUCUGCUUCUUGCUUUCCACUCGAGCUGGGGGCCUUGGGAUCAAUCUGGCCACUGCUGACACAGUUAUCAUAUAUGACUCUGACUGGAACCCCCAUAAUGACAUUCAGGCCUUUAGUAGAGCCCACCGAAUUGGGCAGAAUAAGAAGGUGAUGAUCUACCGGUUUGUGACCCGUGCGUCAGUGGAGGAGCGCAUCACACAGGUGGCAAAGAAGAAGAUGAUGCUGACACACUUGGUGGUGCGCCCUGGCCUGGGCUCCAAGACCGGCUCCAUGUCCAAACAGGAGCUCGAUGACAUCCUCAAAUUUGGCACUGAGGAACUAUUCAAGGAUGAAGCCACAGAUGGGGGCGGAGAUAACAAAGAGGGAGAAGACAGCAGUGUCAUCCAUUAUGAUGACAAGGCCAUUGAACGGCUGCUGGAUCGAAACCAGGAUGAGACCGAAGACACAGAGUUGCAGGGCAUGAAUGAGUAUUUGAGCUCAUUCAAAGUGGCCCAGUAUGUGGUACGGGAAGAAGAAAUGGGGGAGGAAGAGGAGGUAGAACGGGAAAUCAUAAAACAGGAAGAAAGUGUGGAUCCUGACUACUGGGAGAAAUUGCUGCGGCACCAUUAUGAGCAGCAGCAAGAAGAUCUAGCCCGAAAUCUGGGCAAAGGAAAAAGAAUCCGUAAACAGGUCAACUACAAUGAUGGCUCCCAGGAGGACCGAGAUUGGCAGGACGACCAGUCCGACAACCAGUCCGAUUACUCAGUGGCCUCAGAGGAAGGUGAUGAAGACUUUGAUGAACGAUCAGAAGCUCCCCGCAGGCCCAGUCGCAAGGGCCUGCGGAAUGAUAAAGAUAAGCCAUUACCUCCUCUGCUGGCCCGUGUUGGUGGAAAUAUUGAAGUACUUGGUUUUAAUGCUCGUCAGAGAAAAGCAUUUCUUAAUGCAAUUAUGCGAUAUGGCAUGCCACCUCAGGAUGCUUUUACCACUCAGUGGCUUGUGAGAGAUCUUCGAGGCAAGUCAGAGAAAGAAUUUAAGGCUUAUGUGUCACUCUUCAUGCGGCAUUUAUGUGAGCCUGGGGCAGAUGGGGCGGAAACUUUUGCUGAUGGUGUCCCCCGUGAAGGCCUGUCUCGGCAGCACGUUCUUACUAGGAUUGGUGUCAUGUCCUUGAUUCGAAAAAAGGUUCAGGAGUUUGAGCAUGUGAACGGGCGCUGGAGCAUGCCCGAACUGGCUGAGGUAGAGGAAAGCAAGAAAAUGUCUCAGCCAGGCUCACCCUCUCCAAAGACUCCGACCCCUUCCACACCAGGGGACACACAGCCCAAUACUCCUGCACCUGUGCCACCUGCUGAGGAUGGGAUAAAAAUAGAGGAGAAUAGCCUUAAAGAAGAAGAGAGCACAGAAGGAGAGAAGGAGGUGAAGCCUACGUCUACAGCCCCUGAGGUGACUGCCGAGGGUGCACAGCCCCCUGCUCCUGCUCCUGCCCCUGCCCCUGAGGAUGAAAAGGCUCCUGCUGAGCCUCCUGAGGGAGAGGAGAAAGUGGAGAAGGCAGAGGUGAAGGAGAGGACAGAGGAGCCUAUGGAGGUGGAGCCCAAAGGCUCUGCUGAGACAGACAAGGUAGAGGAGAAGUCUGCAAUAGACCUGACCCCUAUCGUGGUGGAAGACAAAGAAGAGAAGAAAGAGGAAGAAGAGAAAAAGGAGGUAAUGCUUCAGAAUGGAGAAACCCCCAAGGAUCUUAGUGAUGAGAAGCAGAAGAAAAACGUCAAACAGCGCUUCAUGUUCAACAUUGCAGACGGGGGUUUCACUGAAUUGCACUCCCUCUGGCAGAACGAGGAGCGGGCAGCCACAGUCACCAAGAAGACGUAUGAGAUCUGGCACCGCCGGCAUGACUACUGGCUGCUGGCUGGCAUUAUAAACCAUGGCUAUGCCCGAUGGCAGGAUAUCCAGAAUGACCCACGGUAUGCCAUCCUCAAUGAGCCUUUCAAGGGGGAAAUGAAUCGUGGCAAUUUUCUAGAGAUCAAGAAUAAAUUUCUAGCUCGAAGAUUUAAGCUCUUAGAACAAGCCCUGGUGAUCGAGGAGCAGCUUCGAAGGGCCGCUUACCUGAACAUGUCAGAAGACCCCUCUCACCCGUCUAUGGCCCUUAACACUCGUUUUGCUGAGGUGGAGUGUUUGGCAGAAAGUCACCAGCACCUGUCCAAGGAGUCAAUGGCAGGAAAUAAGCCAGCCAAUGCAGUCUUACACAAAGUCCUGAAACAGCUGGAGGAACUGUUGAGUGACAUGAAAGCUGAUGUGACUCGACUCCCAGCUACUAUUGCCCGCAUCCCCCCAGUUGCUGUGAGGUUACAGAUGUCAGAGCGGAACAUUCUCAGCCGCCUGGCAAACAGGGCACCAGAACCUCCCCCACAGCAGGUAGCCCAGCAGCAGUGAAGACCCAGUGGUUCUAUCACCUCCACCACAGAGCAGUGACCUUCCUCACUUUCUCUUGUCCCGGCUGCCCCCUGGGGGCUGGAGAGAUCUGGCCUUCCUUCUGCCCAUGUCUGAGUUGUAAAGGAGCAGCCCUAUGCACUAGGGGCAGGGAGGGAGUGCAGGCACCGGUGCCCUUCCUGCUGGAGAGGCUAGCAGCAGUAGCAGGGCGCCAUGUGCAAGGAGCUGCGGGCUGGCUGCCUUCUGGACCCUGGCUUCUCCCCACAGAGCGAGCGCCUGGUACAGACUGUUGUGGGUUCUGCCAGGCUUGAAGAAAAUGAUCUGAAUUUCUUCCUCUUUUGGUUUUAUUUUGUUGGUUUACUUUGUGUUUUCUCCUUUUGGGGGGUAUUCAGAGUGGGCCGGGCCCCUGGGCGAGACACAGCUACCUCUGUUGGCAUCUUUUUCAUACCAGGAACCCAGCGGCUCCAGCCACUGAGCGGCUUAAAUAAAGUUGGAAAAAAAAAAAAAAGGAAAAGAACCAAAAGCAUAAAAAACCACAACAAAUUUCUUGAUGAGAAUUGAAAAUAAAAGUUUCCUUGUAUUUUA